AUUUGUGUCCUGGAGACCCUGUCCCUGCUCUGGCCCAGGGCGCCUCCAGCCUCUGUCCUUUCUCCAGUGGUGGCAUUAAGGAUGUUUCUACCUGGGUUUGCCACCAACGGAGCUCAAGGCUGGGUUCCCCCAGUGUCUGCAGAGGGAAGAACAGGGCCCCAAAAUCCGACCUCACUGCAGACAGGACUGAGCUUCUCACUGAAUUGUCCAUUUCCCCUGUCCCUGGGGUUGCCUCAGCUCCCUUCUGCUGCACUUUCCUCCCAGUUUCAUUGCAGUAGCUUUUUGGGGGAAGGGAGUAGGGCAGGUGUGCAAAUGGAGCAGGGGAGCAGUGGGUGGGGCAGUUCCCUGGAAGGGAUCUGUGGGGCCCCUGAACCUCAGCCGCUCCCUGUUCUGUCUGCCAGCGCUACGUGGAUGGGGAGCUGGCCAUGUGGAGAGCUGACUUCGUGUCCCGCACCACCAUCACCAUCUCUGCCUUCGCCGGCGAAUACGACAUCUGCCCCAAGGAUGGCCCUGCUGCAUUCCUGACCUUCCAGCUCUCUGACUGUAUCUUACAGAUCUCAAAAAUGAACAUUUGCCGAUUACUGUACAUUUUUCUGGUUCCCAAACGUCAGGUCAUGGACCGCUUUUAUAUCCAGGGCUACCAGGACAUGAUCUCCUUCCUAAAACGCCUCAGGGAUUUCCAGGUGAAUUACUUUGAGGGCUUCACACUUUCCUUGGCUCAUGAGGAAACCCUGCACCUGAAGCCACAGCUGAGGGGUCUUCACUCCAGAGCCACAGAUCAUGAGGAUGACACCACAGAGAAUCCAGGGGUCGGCCAGACAGCAGGUGAAGAGGAAUAGGAAGCCCCACAACACCACCUUCUCCACCCCCAGGAAGGGCCAGGCUGAAGAGCAUUUCUGAGCCCGCUGCUGCCUUUGGCCCCACUUUCUGAGGAAAUGAGCAACUUGGAACCCAGCCUGAAGGCUGAGCCUGACCUGCCCCAAGGAGCACAUGGACUGUGCCAGCAAUGUCUCAGCACAGGCAGGGCCACAGCUCCCGCAUGCUUCCCAUCCUCCACCCCUGGAGGAGGCAUUCCAGGCUGCUUCUAUCCCCACUGGGUGCAGCUGGGCUUGCCACUUUGCUUCCCUGGCAUGAAACAAGCUCCUGCACCAGGUGAUUCCAGUCAAUGCCAAACUUGGUCUCUAGCCACUGCCUCUGGCAAAGCCUCCCUUGCCAUUAGCUCCAAGCUCAUGUCUCCAAGAGGAGGCAGCACCAGCUCUGCUUGCUUGAAAAGAUGAGGGAUUAAUAAACCAAAACCCAGCUGACUGGAA